CUGACUUAAGAGCAGAGAAUGAGAAACAAACACAAACAAAUGACAGACAGCGGACUGAGCGGAAACAAAGCGCAGCAGCAGCAGCAGCAGCAACAACAACAACAACAACGCAGGAGGGAAAACACUGAUAUCUGUGCGUCUGUACAGUUUAACGGUCUUUGUAUCAGGCUGGAGUUCGUUUGGGCUUCUCAUGGGUGCAUCUGUGUGCCGGUACGGCCGCUCGCUGUCUGUCCCGGGUCACAGCAGGGCCAAUCACAAGGAGGCUCUGAUUGGUGUGGAUGACUCCCUGGACGGUCUGGACAGACAGGAGGACAUCGCCCAGUUCCCGUAUGUGGAGUUCACAGGCCGAGACAGCAUCACUUGCCCUACCUGCCAGGGGUCUGGACGCAUCCCAUCAGGGCAGUUGAAUGAAUUGGUUGCUUUGAUCCCCUACAGCGAUCAAAGGUUACAGCCACGGAGAACGAAGUCGUAUGUGGUGCUGUCAGUGAUUUUGUGUCUGCUGGCAUCAUUUUUGGUGGCAUUCUUCCUGUUUCCACGUCCUGUGCUGGUUGUUGAUGAUGGCAUUCGCUCUGUGACUGUCCACUUUGACCGUAACAACAGCAAAGUGCUCAUUAACAUGACGAGCUCCCUGAACUUCACCAACUCUAAUUUCUUCACGGUGUGGGUGGACAGUGUGAGCUGUCAGGUGCUCUACAUGAAGACAGUCAUUGGAUCUCAACAGCUAGACAAUGUCAUCCACAUUCAGCCUCUCAGCCAGAGACAGGUCAACUUCACUGUCAGCAUGGAGAUUGGAGGAACUCUCUCUUACGUUUAUGCCUUUUGCACCAUGGCAAGCAUUAAGGUCCACAACAUUGUGGUGUUCAUGCAGACCUCUGUGAAAACCUCCUACAUGGUGCGGUCGGCACAGAACACUCUGGAAGCUUACCGCUACAUCGACUGCGGUGCCAACUCCACCAUCCACCAGCCCUCAGGGAUGGUGUGGUCCAAACCUCACUUCCCUCUGAAUGGGAAGCUGCUCAGGUGAACCAUCAGCCAGUUGGAUUCUCAAUGGCAGCACAUUUUCUUUAGUUUGACUCCAAAUGCUUUUGCUGAAACUGAACAGAGCAGCUAUGAUGUAAGUUAUUGGUUGAAUUGAUCCCUCGACAGAUGUCGAAAAAAUUGCUCUCUGCUCAAGGUCCAUUUCGAGAGCUUCUCACCUGCUGUAGUAUUAAUUUGUGAUCUAUAAAGGGUGUUAUAUAAUUUUGCAGUGACUGAUAAAAAGAGAUUUAAUUAUUGAAGGGUUUGUCAAUGCAGAUGUGCACUUUAAAGUACUUUUUGUUAUGUAUAUUUUGUACUUGGUUAUGUCCUAUGCAAAUUGUCUUUGUAAUGCCAAAGAUUUCAUGUGUUUACUGAUGAAGUCAUUUCUCUGAUGGUUGGUUCUUGAAGUGACUCUUUCAUCAGUGUAAAUCAACUUCAGUCAGAAUAUAUGUAAUAUAUACAGUAUACAAUAGCAUGUGUGUAUGUUCUCAAAGGAUUUGAUUUGUGUACUUGGGUUUCUUUCUGACUACUGUGAUACUGAAGAUGAGGUGACUAUUACAAAACAAUCAGUUUAGUGUGUCACUUUGCUUCUGUGAAGCCAUGAAAGCUGAGAUUAAUGAAAUUAGAUGUUCGAUAGUAAUUAUGCCGGAUGUUUUGCUCUCACUCAUGCAUUAGGGGUUUCACCAAGUUUUUAUCUAACAAAUUCUGAAAAUGCUUACAAUCAUGAAUCAUUGACAACAAGAAGAAUUAGUUUACUCCUAGUUUAGAUGUUUUAAAGAAGGGCAUUUGUUUCUUACCUGAAGUUGCACCUAAAUUAUUGCUAUUCUCCUUUAUUGUAUUUUUCAUUGUCUAAAAUUUGGAAAAAUAAACUGAUAAUAAAAAAGGUUUAAUACA